CUGUAAUGUCCAUCUUCCUAGACUGUGACCCCACCCACCAUGCUAUACAUAUCUCUAACCCUGAUAAACUUUUCGCGGUCGCACCCACAUCGCAAGCCGUAUCGCAUCCCCUCGCUCAAUUGAACCGCAUCGCAAUGCGCUCAAAUCCAUCAAAUCCAUCAAAUCUAUCAGAUCUGCUCAAUUCGCUCAAAAACGCAAUAAGAUCGCGAUGCAUCUACUGUGUUUUACUCUGACAAGGUCCCAUACAGGACCUUAACCCUGAUGCGAAUUUACUACUUUUUUGAUGGAAUUGAGCGAUGCAGCGCAUUUGAUGCAUCUGAGUGCAGUUCAAUUGAUUGCUGCGGGCGCGAACAAGGCGUGCGACGGCCAGGGUUAGGAAUAUGUAUGGCAUGGUGGGUGGUCACAGUCUGGGAAGAUGGACAUCACAGUCCGGAAAGUAUGUCUCAAAAAAAAAACAAAGGCAUGCUCCCCGAGCGAUAUUGGACCCCAAUAUACUAUUGCA